ACAACACAACUUACAAACACCUUUUACAAACACCUUUUGCUUUCCAAUCUUACAAAACAAAAAAAUCUUCCCUAAAAAAUAAUGAUGAACACAAAGAAGCUCAUGAAGAUGGCCAGGAAAUGGCAACAGAGAGCAGCCUUAAGCAGGAAGAGAAUCUCAUUUCAUAGAUCAAGUACUAGUAGUAAAUCAACUGCUGUAGAGAAGGGCUGUUUCGUGGUUUACACGGCAGAUAAAAUCCGCUUUGCUUUUCCGAUAAGUUACCUGAGCAACUAUGUUUUCCAAGAGCUCUUGGAGAUCGCUGAAGAAGAAUUUGGCCUCCCCACGGAAGGACCAAUCACGUUGCCAGUUGAUUCGGUUUUCUUGGAGUAUCUCAUCAGAUUGAUCGAACGAAGAAUGGAUGGAGAUACGGAAAAGGCUCUGUUAAUGUCAAUCUCUAGUGCUAAAUGUUCUUCGCAGUGCUAUUUUCAACAACAAGAACGAUUGCUUGUAUUUUAG